AUGCCCGCUUCGUACGGUAACGGCUCAUCAAGAAUGCCCCACCUCAACUUCAGGCCGUAUAAAAGGCGACCAACCGCCGUGGGGAUUGCGGCUACAGUUUCAAAUCCCUUGAAACGCGGCGUAAGUAUUAGCUCCAAGCUCUUCACCACCAUGCGCCUUUCCAUUGCCAGCCUUGCUCUCUCGCUCGUCCUGCUCUUAGGACAAGCCGCAGCCCUGCCCACUUCCGACAUCAUCCACCCAUGUCCCGAAGACAUCGUCUGCUCGGUUGGGGAGGACUGCACCUUGCCUGUCUGCGAUUAA